AUGUUACCACACCCAGGCAUAUACCGAACACAAAGACCAGUUAGCGCAUCUACCCUCCCUGCACACGGACAAUUCAUCCUGUAUUCAGAGGGCCAAAAUGGAACUGAAGCCGUGGUUGGCAACGCCAAAGCUAAUCGGCUGGAAAAAUUGCGGCAAGCAGUUGAGGAGCAGAUUCCCCAGUUUUUGGAAAAAUCUUUCUUUGAAUUUCCAUCCGAUCUUGUUGACAACAACACAGUGCUUUACGUCGAAAGAAGAAACGGCAGUGUUCACAAAAUCAGAUCGCAGACAUAUCUGUCACUAUCUAUCACUGCAGUUCGCCUGUACUACUACUCCCGUUCAUCCUAUCGUCGCGUGGAAUUGCUCAGUAUAUUAUCGGAUGUCGAUAAGGGACAGUUGGAUGUCAGUUUUCGAAUAGUGCUCCUCCCAUCGCCGUCAUUGCGCGAUUCGCGGUUACCAAGAGAACUUUUAGCACGAAAAUUGGAACAGAGGGCUAAGUGGCAUGAAUUUCGUGCCACAUUCUACGUAUCUGAUUCCGGCGAAAUCAAUAAAAUCCGUAUUACCAGAUCCUAUCUUGUUGAAGUUGUUUAUUUGUUGCAGUUAAAUGUCCUGGUUGCGUUUUAA